AUACAGACACUAGCUGUAUUUCAUAUCAUAAUAGUAGUAUGCAUUGACAAACAUGAUCAUCUAUUUUUGCAAUGCAAACAUAAACAAGUCCGAGCACUUGCGAAAUAUAUAUGUGUAGACUUGUUCAAAAUACGUCUUUCGAGCACAUUCUCUUGGACAGCCAAUCCUCUAAUCGCGAUUUGGCCUAUAGCGUUUGAACAUAGCAGCGUCACGAUCAUGCGUUGAAGACGCGUCUUCAGCAUUAAAGUGAGCCGGCGUACGACCUAUUUUUAUACAAAGCUGUGCAAGCAGCUAGCAUUUUCCUUGGCAUCAGAUUCCAACGAGGAUUAAAAUAAACUCAAGGAGUCCACGAGCUUCUCGUGGCAUCUAGAACCCCUCAAAAAUCUUUUUAAUGCUGCACAGCCCCGGCCAGAGCUUCAGUACAUGUACAAAUUUUGAAGCAGUAAGAGCACAGUCUCUACGAUAAAUUAUUUUUUGUUCACUAUCUGCAAAACAAAGUGUUCUAUAGAAGUGCAUAUAUCAAUUUUGGUGAAUUUGAUUCUACUAUAUAAGAAUGACGAAAACAGAGUUAACAGCGCAGGAGUGGAAGGAGAAAGGAAAUGAAGAAUUCAAAAAUGGAUUCUUGGACAAAGCAUUGAGUUGUUAUACCAAUGCUUUAAAACUUACAAAAGACGACAACUUUGACAAAGCAGUCUAUUUAAAAAAUAGAGCUGCUGUGUAUUUGAAACAAAAAGAAUACAAAAAAGUAAUCAAGGAUUGUGAUGAGGCAUUGAAAAUUUCUUCAAAUGAUCCAAAAGCAUUGUUUAGGCGGUGCCAAGCAUUAGAGGCUUUGGAGAGGUUUGAAGAAGCUUACAGAGAUGCUCGAGGAGUUAUUACUACUGACCCUAGUAAUAAAGCCAUUCAACCUAUAGCUGCCCGUUUACAUGAAAUUUGUCAAGAACGUCUGAGAGAAAACUCCAAAGUGUCUGCUAAGGUUUCUCAGAUGUUUGAAUUAGCUUUUGACUUUGCUGUUGACAAAGAGAAAAGAGAAUCAGCCAUGAACAAUCUUUUGGUAUUAACAAAAGAGAAGGCAGGAGCUGAUUUGAUGUUCAAACAAGGAAUUGCUACAAAAAUUCAUAAACUUCUAAAAACAGAAAAGAAUGAAGGAAUUAUUGUAGCAGCCAUUCGUAUUUUAGCUGAACUCUGCAAAGACAACAUUGAGCGGACUGAGACAAUGCUUAAAGAAAUUGGUAUACCAUGGUUUUUGGAUAUAAUUAACAGCAGAAAUGAAGAAAGAGUAAAUGCUGGUCAAUAUUGUAUACAGACUGUUCUUAACAGCUACAGUGGAAUGGAUACAAAGCCAGAUACUAAACCUAAUAAAGAAAUGUGUGAAAAGUAUCAGAAGGAAAUUGAUACUAUACUUUCAUGUUUGUUGUACUGCACAACAAAUAGGACUUUUACUGGCCAAGGCAGAGAUGCUGUAAUUGAGCUCAUCAUGAGAAACAUUCAUUAUGAUACCUUGAAUUGGGCUGAGCGGCUAGUGGAACUUCGAGGCUUGCAUAGACUUAUGGAGGUUGCCAGUGAAUUAGAAGAAUACAAAUAUGAAUCUGCAAUGGAUAUCACACCCUCAACUAGAACAGUGACCAGUGUUUGCCUGGCCAGAAUUUAUGAAAACAUGUAUUAUGAUGCUGCCAAGGAAAGGUAUGCAGCAGCAAUAGAUGAAUAUAUAAAAGACAAGUUAAUUUCACCUGAUAUUGAGUCAAAGGUACGAGUAAUCGUGGCAAUCACCACGUUACUACUUGGACCUCUAGAUGUAGGAAACAGUGUUGUAGCCAAAGAUGGAAUCUUACAAAUGAUCCUUGUCAUGGCUGGUACCGACGAUGUUCUUCAGCAGAAAGUUGCAUGCGAAUGUAUCAUUGCUGCAGCAUCGAAAAAGGAUAAAGCAAACAGCAUUAUUAACCAAGGAGUGAAUAUUUUAAAGAAGUUGUAUCAGUCAAAAGACGAUUCUAUUCGUGUCCGUGCUUUGGUGGGGCUUUGCAAGCUGAGCAGUUCUGGUGGAACUGAUGCAUCUAUCCGACCAUUCGCUGAUGGAGCUUCAUUAAAGCUUGCAGAAGCCUGCAGAAGAUUCUUGAUUAAUCCUAAAAAGGACAAGGACAUGAGAAAAUGGGCAGUUGAAGGACUUUCUUAUUUGACAUUUGAUGCAGAAGUCAAGGAAAAAUUGAUUGAGGACAAAGAAGCUAUUCAAGCAAUGAUUGAAUUAGCUAAAACUGGAGAUAAAUCUGUAGUUUAUGGAGUGGUCACUACUCUUGUUAAUCUUUGUAACGCUUAUGAUAAGCAAGAAAUUAUCCCGGAAAUGCUUGAAUUAGCUAAAUUCGCGAAGCAUCACAUACCUGAAGAAUCUGAACUGGAUGACCCAGAUUUUGUCACUAAGAGAUUAAUUAGCUUAGCAAAGGCAGGAGUCACAAGUGCAUUGGUUGCGCUUUCAAAAACUGAUAGCCAGAAUAGCAAAGAAUUGAUAUCUCGUGUGUUUAACGCUAUUUGUAGUCAAGUUGAUGUACGGGGUAUCGUCGUUCAACAGGGAGGAGCAAAGGCUCUUUUACCAUUAGCACUCGACGGUACUGAUAAGGGCAAAAAGCAAGCUUCACAGGCUCUCGCACGUUUAGGAAUUACGAUUAAUCCAGAGGUAGCCUUCCCAGGUCAGAGGAUCUAUGAAGUCAUAAGACCAUUGAUCAACCUAUUAAAUCCAGAAUGCAAUGCAUUAGAAAAUUUUGAAGCAUUAAUGGCCUUGUGCAAUUUGGCGGGUGUUAACGACAACGUGCGAAAGAGAAUUUUGAAAGAAGGAGGCUUCCAGAAAAUUGAAGUGUACAUGUAUGAGGAUCAUGAUAUGUUGAGAAGGGCUUCCACACAAGUUGUAAAUAAUCUCAUGAUGUGUGAAGAUACAAUCAAAUUCUACGAGGGCGAUAAUGACAGAACGAAAUAUUUAGUCAUCUUGUGUUCAGAGGAAGAUCUCGACACUAGUUUGGCGGCAGCUGGUGCUCUGGCAAUGUUGACUUCGGUUAGUAAAGCUGCCUGUUACAAGAUAUUUGAUUCCGCAAAUUGGCUAGACUCUCUAAAGUACCUGUUAGCUAAUCCAAAUCAAGAUUUGCAGCAUAGAGGAGUUGUGAUUCUUCAUAAUAUGAUGAACAGUACAAAGGAAGUUGCUACCAAGCUCAUCAUAACAGAUCUUAUGGAAGUGUUAAUGGCGCUAACUAAAAGCGAAUUAGUCCAUAAUCAAAAAGUUAAAAAGCUGGCUGCUGAUGCUUUGGAAGCAGCACAUAAGUGGAAAUUAGUUGAAAAGGUCGAAGAUACGUCUACCUCGACGACUACGACAACUACUACACCCGCGCCAACUAAUGUUCUUGAGAAUGUAGAAUAAGUUGAAAUAUUCAUGAAGUGCACCAACAUUGUAAAUAUUAAGGGCAGCAAAUCAUGUACAUUUUAAAAAUGUUUUUAUUUUUUGAGAAAAUUUAUUUUCAAACUCUCUGUUCAUAAACUUACGAUCCAAUAUUAAGAAAUCAAAAUAUUGAUUUAUACUUAAAAAUUAUUACACUUCCUUGAUUAAUAAAGGAAAAAAUUGUAUUGAAUAAUGUGCCUUAAAACUUGUAGAAAAGACUGUUUGCAUUUAGAUUUCUUUAGUAAUAUUUGCAUACUUUUAUUUAUGGUAUUUGUACUUACUAAAAUAAUCAAUAUUUACAAUGUUACAGCUAUCUAACGUCAACAUUAAACAUGUAAUUUAUUUUACAAAUAUACACGUACUAAUAAGAUUUUAUAAAAUAUGUAUAACUUGUUAUUUAUUUUUUAAUAAUAAAGUUAUAUAAAAAUUUAACUUA